CUAGACUCCAUUUUACAAGUAAACUGAAAAUCACAUAAAAAUAUAAGUCGGGGCAUGGCCUGACCACUGAUGGAGUGAGACGCACGGUCCCCGUGCUCCUAGGCCUCACCCUGUAAAGCCCGUGUUAACUAGCAUCCAGAAUCUCUCAAAUACCGCAAAUAUGGGGAAAACUAAACGAGCACUAAGUUCUGGGCAGCCCGGAGGGGCUUUGUUGCGGUCUCAAUACGGGCCGAUGGACGAUUUCCUCACUGGGCCGCAGGGCCUGCAGAACGCCACGGACACGUCGAUUCCCGCCUCUCCAGGCUCCAGCAUUGCCGGCUCGUCCAGCGGCACCAUAGAGCCGGCGGCCCUUUCACAAAUCUCGCUGGAUAUCGCCGCGAUCUCCUCCAGCAUGCUGACCAGGCGAGACAAGUCUGAAAUGGUAGCAGAGCUGCGGGCAGUUAUUAGGGAGGAGAUUGCUGCGGUUCGUGCGGAUCUUACCACCCUGGAGCACCACGUGGACGCCCUGGAUGCAGAACGCCUACAGAAUUCCCACCGGCAGCAAGCAGUGGACCUGGCAACCACCAGGCAGGGGAACCUACUCCUGGACCUCCACCGUCAGGUCAAAGACCUUGACAAUAGAGGACAGCGUAAAAACAUCAGGGUCCGGGGGUUGCCGGAGACAGAAGGGGAGAUGCCGCACGAGAUACUUACCGGCCUGUUCACACACCUGCUGGGAGAGGCGGCGCCAGAAGACUUCGGCAUCGAACGAGCACACAGGGCACUGCAGGCGCCCAGGCGUGAUGGCCUUCCGAGGGACACGAUUUGCGCUCUGUCGUCGUUCCCGCUCAAAGAGGAGCUGAUGAGGGCAGCGCGCUCUCGACCCGACCUCCGCUAUAUGGACGCUCCGGUGUCCCUGUAUCAGGAUCUGUCGCAGACCACCUUAGAUGCCCGGCGGGCCCUGAGGCCGCUCACCCGCCUGCUCCAGGAGAGAAGAAUCCCGUAUAAGUGGGGCUUCCCCUUCAGUCUUCAGGCCCGGGUGGACAACCUGUGGCAUGUACUCAGAUGGCCUACUGAUGUUCCCCGGUUUCUCCGGAGCGCCGGCUUCCCCCAUGUCCGGCAGCGGGUUCCCGGGGGGUGCCGGGUCCGUCAGGACUCCCAUCGGACCUCUGGCUCCAUUAUGGCGGGUUCAAUGGUGGCCCAGUCGUGA